AUGGCCGCUGCAAGCUCGCAUGGCGUCUCCAUGCUCGAGGCUGCCGUGCGAGACACAUUUGCCACCCUUGUCAAAGUCCAUUGCGUCCCAUUCGUGCUGGCCGAGAAGACCGACGCUGCGGUCGCUGCGUAUGGCUGCCGAUCUUGGGCUGUCCUGUGUCGAUGUGGGCGACACGGCACCGGUGUGUGCCGGCGAGCGCGGCGAUUCUGGAGAGGCGUGCGGAGACGCACGCCGCCAUGCGUGCUGCUGGUCCUUGUUCGUCGGAGAAGGCCGGCUAGAGACGUUAUAGGAGCUACGGUGCAGAUCUGCGCUCUGGACUUGGCCGUGUUGAUCAUCACGGUCCUCGCCGUCGUGGCGUAG